AUGAGCAGAAACGCACCAAAAUCGAGUUGGGCCGACGAAGUGGGGGAAGAGUUUGAUCUUCCAAUGACUGACGAGAGUGGCAUUAAAACUAUCAUUGAAUACAAGACAAAUGACGAUGGGAAAAAAGUGAAGGUCACCCGAAAGAUCAAAAAAACGCUAAUUACAGAACGAGUCAAUAAGCCGGUAGCUGAGAGAAAGAAAUGGGCUAAAUUUGGAGAUGAGCGUGGUAAAAAAGUUGGACCAGAUCUUAGUACUACAAGUAUUGGAGAACAGAUAUAUCUAAAGCUUUCGAGCACUGGAAAGCAUUCAGAAAAUAUAGAAGAGAAUGAUCCAAACAAAAAGAAACUGUUGAAAAAGAUUCUUUGCCGUAUUUGUAAAGGUGACCACUUCACCACCAAAUGCCCAUACAAAGAUACACUUCAGCCUUUAGAAGAACUUAGCACAGCACUUCAGGAAGGAACAAAAGAAACGCCCCCGGAUGUAGAGCAAGCACAGCCCGAGUCUUCUACUGCUGGAGGGAAAUAUGUCCCACCUGGUAUGAGAACGAAUGCGAGAGCUCCUAGCGGGGAUUCAUUUAAAGAGAGAAGAGAUGAUGCCACCAUUCGUGUUACCAACUUGUCUGAAGAUACUGUGGAGGCAGAUAUAAAUGAUCUUUUCCGUAAAUUUGGUAGCAUUUCUCGUGUUUACCUUGCCCGAGACCGUGAAACGAAUGUAUGCAAGGGUUUCGCGUUUGUCAGUUUUGCACUUCGCGAAGAUGCUGCCAAGGCUUUGAAGGCAAUUAACGGCUAUGGUUAUGAUAACUUGAUUCUUCGGGUUGAAUGGGCCAA